ACCCCUGCAAGUAUCAGUGACUCUCAGAACACUGUGCUUCAUACUUCACAGGUUCCAUAAAUCAAUUUUUUAGGAACUAAUUAUCUGGUUUUUAAAAAGCAGUUGUCUUUUAAAAAAAAUUUCAAUAGGCAAAAGUCAAACGCAAACCUUUUUUCACUACUUUUUCUGUUUACUAUCUAUUGAUCCACUGUCAUGUCAACAUCAGGAAAGGUGAUCAAGUGCAGGGCUGCUGUAGCCUGGGAUCACAACCAGCCAUUGGUCAUCGAGGAGAUUGAGGUGUUUCCACCCCUAGACCAUGAAGUCCGCAUCAAGAUCAUUGCAACUUCAAUAUGCCACAGUGACCUGUACUUUUUUCGUGAGCAAAGCGUUUACUUGGGAUUCCCGGCCGUACUGGGACAUGAGGCGGCUGGGAUUGUGGAAAGUACUGGCCCCGGGGUGACCAAGUUCAAACCAGGGGAUAAGGUCAUACCUAUCUUUAUUUCCCAGUGUGGUGAAUGUCGCUUCUGCCUCCAUCCUGAAAGUAACCAUUGUGUGAAGAACUGGUCAUCCCAGAGACCUGGAAAGAGGUAUGAGGUAGCGUCAGACACCACUUCACGGAUGAAGUGUAAGGGACAGACCUUGCUACAGUUCUUGGGCACCAGCACCUUCUCGGAGUACACCGUGGUCAGUGAGGUCGCCCUGGCCAAGAUCGACGACUCUGCCCCUCUGAACAAAGUGUGUCUGCUGGGCUGUUGCAUCCCGACAGGUUACGGUGCAGCUGUCAACACCGCCAAGGUGAAGCCAGGCUCCACGUGCGCUGUCUUUGGCCUCGGGGCAGUGGGUCUGGCGGCAGUCAUGGGAUGCAAGGCUGCAGGUGCGACCAGGAUCAUCGUUAUUGACAUCAACAAGGACAAGUUUGAGAAGGCAAAGGUGUUUGGGGCCACGGACUUUGUGAACCCCAAGGACCAUGCCAGGCCCAUUCAGGAGGUGCUGGUAGAGAUGACCAAUGGAGGUGUGGACUUUUCUCUGGAGUGUGUUGGAAAUGUGGAUGUUAUGAGAAGUGCCUUUGAGUCCUGUGUGAAGGGCUGGGGAGUCAGUGUGGUCGUGGGAUACAAUGACAAAGAUGAUGUGUGCACUCGGCCAGUUCAGUUCCUGGCUGGGCGCACCUGGAAAGGAUGCUUAUUUGGAGGCUAUAAGAGUGUGGAAGGUGUCCCCAAGCUGCUCAAUGAAUAUAUGGCUAAAAAAUUGAAGCUGGAUGAGUUAGUGAGUCACACUCUGCCCCUGGACAGAAUAAAUGAAGGCUUUGACCUCUUGAUCCAAGGGAAAAGCCUACGAACAGUUUUGGAAAUCGGCAAACAACAGUGACGGAAAAGUCGUUUUUCAUUAUUUGAGGAUUCUCAAUUUCUGUUUCAUAAAGGUUUUUGACAAAUAAAUCAUAAAAACUUUUAAACAACGUAAACCAAUA